AUGUCUCAUACCUCUCCCCAGUCGUCGUCCGCCCACGGCCCUUCGUCAAGCCCAUUCGCCGGCACGGAUCCAACCCUCUACUCGCCUGACCUCGACCGCAAACCUCGCCUCGCCCAUCGUCGACAGAUCACCGCCAUUGCGACUGGAAAGCAGGUCGUGAAGGAGGCUAACGACAAGACAGCAAGCAUGAAGACCAUCCUUCCCCGUCCUGCCACUUACGUCGAGGGCGGCUUCAUCAACGAGCUGCCCGAAGACGCUCACGGCUAUGUUUCUCGCUAUCAGUUCAUCUCUCAACUGCCCGAUGGAACUAAUGCUGGUCUUGACGCUGAGCAUGAACUCUUCAGUGUCCAGCACCAGAUGAAGCUGUAUGCCUGCUUCCUCAAUGCAGUGCCGUAUUACGCUCGCGGUGUCUUUAUUCGCUACGAUGAUCUGCGCGAUGCUGCCGAGGGCAAGGACAUCCUUGAGCAGCACGAGUUCACUGUCGACUACGUCACUUCCUACGACUACGCCAAGGCCAAGGCCCAGGACACUGCCAACAUCAAGGAGUACGAGGGUCAGAUCAAGCUGUCUAUCAUGAUUGAUCCCAAUCCCGAUCAAGCCGUCUGGGAGUUCUCGUCCGACGACCUGGCUGGCAUCUCCAACGCUGUCAAGAUCACUGCCCAGGCCUUUGGCGAAGUCCGCAACGUCACCCACAUCGACUCCCUUGACGACAAGAUGCUUCUUGUAUACCGCAUCGAGUUCUUCUCCAUCGACGCUGCCAUCCGCGCUGUCCAGUCUCUCCGCAUUGAUCCGGUCUGGGGCGUCAACAACGAGAAGUCGUUCCAGUGGUGCACGCUCGAGCCUGCCCUUUGGACUGGCGAGCAUGGAAAGGCCUCACCGCAUCGCUACAAGCCCCACGUCGAUGCCCAUGGUCGCAUCUACGGCUAUCGCUUCGCUCCCCACCAUCACAUUCCUGACCAGCACUCGGACCGUCGUUCUAGCUACCACAACCACCCACACGACCAGCACAACCGUGUCCGCCGUGAGCGCAUUCUCGAUGGCAGCGAUGUUCGCACUACAGUCAUGCUUCGCAACAUCCCCAACAAGCUCGAUUGGAUGGCCCUGAAGAACAUCCUCGAUGACGUCUGCUUCGGCACAUACGACUUCAUGUACCUUCGCAUUGACUUCAAGUCUGGCUGCAACGUUGGUUACGCCUUCAUCAACUUCACCGAUGCCAACGGCAUGCUGUCGCUCAUUGACCGCAUCGAGCGUCGACUCUGGCCCGGUUUCAACUCCGAGAAGACCGCCGAGAUCUCCUACGCCACCAUCCAGGGCCGCGAGGCACUUGUCCAGAAGUUCCGCAACUCGUCUGUCAUGCAGGAGACUCCUUACUGUCGCCCUCGCCUGAUCUUCACCAUCGCCGACGCUGAGAUGAUGGGUCAGCUGCGCACUGCCGGUACCGAGCAGGCCUUCCCUCGCCCCGACAAUCUUUCCAAGCUUCAGCGUUCGAUGGACAGCGCCCGUAGCAUCGGUCUCUAUCCCCCCAACGGAUACGCUCCUCUGACCGAGCACCGCAACCGUUCCAGCGCAUACGACCGUGGCGGCCCCCGCGACAUCAUGCAGGCUGCCAUGCACUUUGCUCAUCAGCGCGCUGCUCCCGUUCAGUUUGCCGGCUUGAGCGAGGCCAAGAAGCAAGACAUCGAGACUUGGUACCUGUGCACCUAUGGUGGUGGUCACUGUGGUCGUAUCCCCUUUGACUGCAUCCCCAUGACCCAUGUCACUCAGUACUUCAACGAGAAUCCAUCUCCCGCUCCGGUUCCAGGUGUCAUCGGUGCUCCCGCUAGCAGCACUCCAACUCGUGCUUCUCGUAUCCCCCGUGGUCCGAUGCCUCCCUUCUCGGCUCGUGGCUAUCCUGAUGCCAAUGCCAACCCUUUCUUGUAA